AUGCGUCGAAAAACCAAAUCGAUACCGUUUGGUUUCGCCAGACGUCUUCGUAUCGCGGGAAUUGAGGUUGUCCCGUUGACCGCACCACGCACUGCGGACGACGGUGGCAGGGCCGGUACACGAGCGCACGAAAAAAGAAAGAAAGAAAGCACAAAGGCAUACGCCCAAAGGUCGAAGGAGGACGGCGGAAUCAACGAGCACGAGAAGCUCAUGAAACAGAAGAUCGAAUUGUGA